AUGGCCACGAACGAGCACUCGCACCUGCUGCUGACGCGCAGCUUCACAAGCACAUACGACAGCGGCCAUGCGAGCGUCAAGCCGUACGGACCGGCCGUGACGCUCGCCAUGGCGCUCAACUACGUGAUCGGCACGGGCUGCUUUGGCCUGCCGUACGCCUUCAUGGAAGCAGGGAUCGGCCUGUCCCUAGCGCUCAUGCUCCUGGGCGUCUUGGGCUCGUGCAUCACGAUGAACUACACGCUCGAGUCGCUCGCACGGGCCGAAGGCGUCUGCGCUGCCACGGGCGGCGGCGUCCCCCGCCACCAGAUCACGUACCGCAAGUUCGAGUUCGCGACCAUUGCCGAGAUGUUUGUGGGCCGGCUGGGCAAAGUCGCCGUGCAGCUCGUCAUGGGCCUCUACUGCGUCGGUUCGCUCUGGUCGUACGCGUCCGUGUUCUCGUCGUCCACGGCCUCGAUCUUCUUCAUGUACGUCGUGGGCGACGCGUGCGACGUGUACGGCGCGUCGCCGUCUUCAGGCUGUCUCGAUGGCUACUACGUCUUCAUGGCCAUCUUCUCUGUGAUCGUGCUGUCCAUGGUGCUCAUGGACAUUAGCGAUCAAGCGCUCGUGCAGAAGUUCCUCUCCGUGUAUCGCAUCGUCGCCUUUGCGCUCAUGUUGCUGACCAUGACGGUCAAAGCCGUGAGUGACGGCGCGGACGUGCUAGCGGCGCGGUACGCGGCCAUUGGACUCGUGAACUGGAAGGACUUUGGCAAGGGCUUUGGCCCUACAUUGCUGGCGCUGAAUUGCCAGUACAACAUGCCGGACGCGCUGCAGCCGCUGAACCCCAAGUCCAAAGCGCGCUUCGUGGCGUUUGCUGCGCUGCUCAUUGCUGGCUCGUGCUACCUACUCGUGGGUCUUCUCGGCGCCCUGUCGUUCGACGAGAUCAAUCCACUGGCGACGCUUAUGUGGAGCUCGUACUCAGGCUGCGGCAAUGGAUGGGAAGACUGCGGGUACACGAACCCGAUCGGUGUCAUUGUGCAACUGGUCAUUCUGCUCUUCCCUGUGGUCAACGUAGUGUCGGCGUACCCGAUGGUGGGCGUCACGGUCGGCGACAACAUGCUCAUGUCGUUUCCGUCGCACCUCACCGCUCGGCUCGGCGAGGGCUUCACCCGAAGUUUGUGCCGACUAUCAGUGGCAGCGCCGCCGAUUCUGUUUGCCGUGGCGUUCAAGCGCCUCGACUUCAUCUUUGCCGUCGCUGGACUGUUUGGCUUCUUGCUCGGCUGGACGAUCCCGUGCUGGUUCCAAGUGAUCGGGAGCCGAUACUGCCAGGGCGUGUGGGGGUUUUCCGGGGCGGCCAUAACUGAGUUCACUGAGCCCGUUGUGAGCUCUGUCUCUUUUGCCAGAGGCUUCUUGGGCCUCACGUUUGUGAUCACAGCCGUCGCGAUUUCCACGAUCGUCACGUGA